AUGAAACGUUCCUGUCCCAGGCAUCAUGAAGCUGUUCCUGGCCGAGACCUUUUCAACUACACAUCGGGACGAUGGAUCCGCGACGAGCAUCUCCGCAGGUCCCAACGCAGACGCCCGUUCAACGUCGCAGAACUGAAACGUCUCGCCGCCGCCGCGAUCAACGCCCCCGCAACCGCGGUCGCGAGCCUACAGAAACUCGGCGAGGGCGGCUUCAACCGCACCUUCCUCGUCACCAUGCGCGACGGCUUCCAGCUCGUCGCCCGCAUCCCCUACCCCGUCACCGAGCCCAAGUACCUCCUGGUCGCGAGCGAGGUCGCCACCAUCGAAUACCUCCGUCGGCCGGGGUUCCCCGUGCCCCGGAUCUACGGGUACUCGGCCACGGCGGACAACGCCGUGGGCACGGAGUAUAUCUUCAUGGAGUGCGCCGCGGGACGGCGCCUCACGGAUCGCUGGUUCGAUCUGUCGGAGCAGGAGCUGGCGGGGGUGGUGGAAAGGAUCGUGGAGCUGGAGGCCAGGCUGUUUGCCCUCGAUUUCCCCGCGAGUGGGAGUCUCUUCUUUGAGCGGGACUUGCAGUGCAUGGAGACGGUGCGAGUCGCGGAUGAGGCGGGUGCCGUGGGGGAGGGUCCGAUUUGCAUUGGGCCGGAUGUGACACGGGCGUUGUGGUUGGGAAAACGCCGGAUCUUGCCGGUGCAUCGUGGACCAUACACGAGCCCCCUGGAUGUCUUGGCUGCCGGGGCUAGGAAGGAGAUUGCAUAUCUCGAGGAAUAUGGUCAGCCCGUGCGAGCAUCGAAGCUUCUCCCCGCGAAUCGAUCAUACAAGCAGUCACCUAGGGACCAUGUCAAGAAUCUCAGCGACUACCUCCGGGUUGCGCCGUACUUGGUCCCGAGCGACGCGUCCUUGACACGACACACGAUUCGGCAUCCAGACCUGCAACCCAGCAACAUAUUUGUCAAUGAGGACCUGGAAAUUACGGGCCUGAUCGAUUGGCAGUAUAGCACUAUCCGCCCGCUGUUCCUGCAAUGCGGGGUCCCGACCAACUUUCAAAGCGCGGAUGGCGAUAUCCCCAGCCUACUGCAGGAACCGAGAUUGCCGGAAGGGCUCGACAGGCUGAGCGAAGCAGACCAACAUUGCGAGCGAGAGCUCUUCCGAAGCCGCUGGCUGCAUUAUUGCUAUCUCACGGCGACGGCCAAGCUGAACCCGUCCCAUCAGGCCGCCCUGACGGGGGACUUGGGAGUCUUGCGGCGGAGGUUGUGCCACCAGGCGGCCGUUCCCUGGGAUGGGGAUAAUGUCACCCUCAAGGCCGAUUUGAUUCAGUUGACGAUGAAUUGGGAUCGGCUUGUGCGAUCGGAAGAUGCGGACGCUUCAGCCUGUCCGAUCGCGUAUAGUCAAGACGAGGUGAAUGAGUGUCUGCAGUUGAACACUGCGCAGGUGGAGUUGAAUGAGCAAGAGCAGCUGUCGAGGGAGGUAUUGGGUGUUGGAUCUGAGGGAUGGGUGGCUGCUGAGCGAUACGAAAACGUCAAGGCAUGCGAAGAGGUUUUGAAGGUUGAUGAAAUGUCUGUUGUCGAUACUAGUAAAGAGAGCAUUUUAGGGUAGUGGUGGGCUAGAAGAUUGGGCAAGUGGGUGGCCUGUUGUGCGAUGGUCGCAUUGAACUAUGAUAAGCGGUUAGCUGAAAUAGGCUUCAUCGGUUGGUGGUCCUUGAUGGGCGAACUCCAGAAGACAAGAUCUCACUAUCAAAUCCUGCGGUGAAGUCUUUAUUCGAUCCGUCUUCAGGCAAAACAGAUCAAGAAGUUCGAUGCGCUAGGAUGGACUCUGAGAGACCUCAUCGAGUGUUAUUAGUGUAGUUUGACAUUUCAAUGGGAUCUUCGAUCGGCGAC